UGCUCAUCUUCAGUCUGCCACGCGGACGCCACGGUGAAGUUGAACUGCUGCGAACGAAUUGUGAAUUAUACGUGUGCGGCUGCAACCGUGACUGUGGCAUGCUCUGAUUAUGAUCAAAUAUGAAACAGGGAGGCAUUUUAACAACGCGGGAAUAAAUCCAUCAAUUUCAUGCUAAGUCCUCGCUUAUAUCUCAUCGAGUGAUAUUGAGUAAUGCAUUAAUUCAAGCAUGUGCCGCCGUUAUUCGAGACCUUUACGGGAUAAUAUAAAAAUAGCAGUGAUUACUCGGUAUAAGACUGUAACACCGUAUUAUGACUGACGCUAGAAACCCGAUAUCUUUCUCCUAAUUCCUAUUUCCUGGUGGGCAAAUAUUUAUCGCCACCUUGUAAUUAAAUUCUGUCACAGAUUCUGAAAGCACACUUACAGGCUUUGAAAAAUUAUUACAAACUCCGGUUAUCCACUCCAAAAAUAUCGGAAACAAGAUAUAAUUUAGUAAUCCCAGUUUUUCAACAUAAGGUGUAAGGCAUCUCUACUGCAAUUUUUCUAAGAAUCGGUUAAUAAAAAUUUCGAUUUAAAGAGUAUGUAAUAGUCUCUCCUCUACCGGUCAAGUUGUGGUUUUUUCUGGUGUUAGUAUUGCAUGGAAGUAACUGCUGCGAUAGUUCGUUUGACUCCGUAUUCGUUCUAAACUCCCGGAAAGUUGCUUAGAAGAAACUUAUACUUCAGGGCAUGUUAUAUCGUUCUAUUCUUACCGACCGAGACAUUUUCGGUUUUUGACAAUUAUAGUAUAAUCCAUAAUCCAGAAUAUUUUCCGAAUUCUAUAAAUAAUAAAGAUUGAAAUGAUUAUUUAUUGCAUGCAAUGCUCACACCAUAUAUGCUCAACUAAUGCAUCUGCAAUAGACGGGGAUCGUACAAUACAAAAAUGAUUUCAUAAGUAAGGGCAGAAAAGAAGUUGGAUAUGAUCCCGUUAUUUUCUUCUCCCGGUCAGAUAUGAAAUCGUUUCAAAAGUCAAGAGAAAUUAAUAGGGUUUAUGAUCGCGCUAAUGUCGUUGAUAAAAGUUUUAAAAACUGAUGCAAAAAUACAACCAGUAGCAAGUGUAUUUAUAGUGUUUCCAUUGAUUUUACGAACAUUCGUCACGCUUACACAGCGCGAUCUUAAGCCCUGUAAUUUCGCGUAGUUUUUCAGAGGUAUAGUUGGUUUAGAUAGGAAAGAGUGCGAAGUUUCUCUCUGUGCGAAGUACGAUUUCCUGAAUUUGUCGGUAAAACAGGAAGGUCCAACGUCACGUUUCUCCAUAAAAGGGUUGGCAGGCAACUAGAUAAAGCUUGCAAGCAGCAAAGAGUUAUCCCAUGUGCAGACUCAGGUUCUUCGCGCCGUUUUAAGAGCUGAAACGUAUAGCGAGGUUGCGGCGUCGCGCGUUCACUCUCGAUUUGCAAGGUGCAAUACGGUGGGAAGUGGCGAACACAGGCGCAGUGAGAGAGAGUGUGCAAGUGGCGGGGUAUACGAACACAGAUUUGGCCGGCUCAUGGCGAGGUAAGCCGCGUGCACACGCGUAUUAGUUAGGCGACGGCAAAUGAGGAGAGGAGGGAGGCAUUCGCUCGACAGUGUGUUUCUUCCGCUAUAUAGCCGCGAACACGCUUCUGCGAUCGGGGAAGCUAUUCACACAGAGGUGAAGCGACAGCCGUCCGGCUGACGACACAGCGCAACGAAUUUCAGCCAUACGGAGUCGGUGGCGAUGGAAGACUAGACCGACCACGUGUUUACUCGAAGCCGCGCUGCAGACGAGGCAGGUGUUCGUCUCUACGUUUUUGACACACACAAGGCUGCUUGUAGAAGAUUCAUUAUAAAUGUGACGAAAUCACCCGCGCUUAUUGAACCAAAUACCUAAAAUACGAAACGCGAGACCCGCGAGCUUCGGAACGUUUGAAUUUCAAAUUUUCAACCGUUAAACUUUCGCCGAUCGCUAAAAUGCCGGACAAAGUUGGACCCGCGGAACAGCAACCGCUACGAAAAACCCCGAGUUCGGAUGACGGAAUCAGGUUAAAGAAGGACCUCGGAUUGCUCGACGGUGUUGCCAUAAUCGUCGGGGUAAUCGUUGGCGCGGGUAUAUUUGUUUCACCCAAAUCGGUUCUCGAACACAGCGGAAGCGUUGGUCAAGCUUUGCUGAUAUGGAUAUCGUCUGGGUUCUUAUGCCUCAUUGGUGCAUUAUGUUAUGCAGAAUUGGGGACCAUGAUCCCAAAAUCCGGGGGUGAUUAUGCCUACAUCAGUGACGCCUUCGGACCUUUACCUGCAUUUCUCUACCUUUGGGUGGCCCUAUUUAUUCUGGUUCCAACAGGCAAUGCAAUAACCGCACUCACUUUUGCGCAGUACAUUUUGCAGCCCGUGUGGCCCGAUUGUCCAGCUCCAUAUCUGGCAGUUCGACUUCUGGCCGCCGUCAUAACAUGCUUACUGACAGCGAUAAAUUGCUACAACGUGAAAUGGGCAACUCGGAUUCAAGAUAUAUUUACCGGAACGAAGAUCUUCGCACUGCUCAUCAUAAUCGUCGCUGGAUUAGUGUGGCUUUGUAUGGGAAAUACUGAAAAUUUUCGCCAACCGAUGGCUGGAACCAACACUGAUCCGGGGCACAUCGCGUUAGCAGCUUACGCAGGAUUGUUUUCCUACUCUGGAUGGAAUUACCUAAACUUUGUCACAGAGGAGCUCAAAGAUCCAUACAAGAAUCUACCUAAGGCGAUAUGCAUAUCGUUGCCAUUGAUAACAAUAAUUUACGUCCUGGCAAACGUAGCCUAUUUCGCAGUUCUGACCCAAUCCGAAAUUCUAGUAUCGGAUGCUGUCGCGGUGAAAUUUGGGAACAAAUUGUUGGGUGUGAUGUCUUGGAUAAUGCCAUUCUUCGUAGCUUGUUCGACGUUUGGAGCCCUGAAUGGCGCCAUCUUUGCAUCCUCUCGGUUAUUUUUUGUCGGCGCACGAAACGGCCAUCUUCCAACUGCCAUUGCCCUCAUCAACGUCAACAAUUUGACACCCAUGCCGUCUCUCAUCUUUCUUUGCAUCAUAACAUUGGUUCUCCUGGUUAUCGAGAACGUUAGUUCACUGAUCACCUACGUCAGUUUUGUGGAAGCUGUAUUUACUACAUUGUCAGUGUCUGGUCUUCUUUGGCUGAGACACAAGUGCCCCGAUCUCCAUCGUCCGAUAAAGGUUUACAUUGCCUUGCCGAUUGUAUUCUUCAUGAUCUGUGUGUUUCUCGUUGUGCUGCCAUGCUAUGAAUCGCCGUGGGAGGUUGGUGUGGGAACUGUACUGAUACUAUCGGGUAUUCCGGUGUACCUGAUUUUCAUACAGUGGAAAAGAAAACCAAGAUGGCUCGUCGCGGCGUCUCAUGAACUGAACAUGACUUGUGCGAAGAUGUUCAUGUGCGUCCAUGAGAGCAAAGCCGACUGACGAAAGGAGAACUAAGGUAAUAUUUAUCGAGAAUUUUAAUUCCGGGUUCAAGGAGUAUUUGUACCUGUUCACCUAACUGAAAUACCAUCAACUAUACCGAAUCAACGAUCGGUAAUCGCGAAAGUGCAUCGCGAGCUACAAGAUUUAAUAUGUGCCUAUUAAAGAAAAAAUGGUAUUUCUGCUAGAAUUAACUUGACCAAUGAGUAUUUUCACUCAGUGUGUAACAGAGAUAUUUCUUCGAAACUGUCACUCAAACGGCAGAUUAGACAAUCAUCACAAUUGUUAUACAAAAGUCGAUGCGGAUACCAUAUUUUAUCUGACAACGAGAGUAUCAGAUUUUUGGAUUAUGAAUUCUACUCUAAUUUCUAGGUCUCUCUUCACUCCAGCUAUGAUUGAGUAUAUAAGCAGCUAACCUUUUCAGUUACAGAAGCCACUAUUGUGGCACACUGUUAUUCUUUCUUUUUCUUUUUCAUUAUAUAUUCCAAGCAAAAUCCUGAAUUUGGUUAUUAUCUGAAAACUGAAUUGCAUGACUGAAAGGGUUAAAUGACACGUGUCGUAUAUUGUGCCUUAAAUAUUAAUUUUCGUUGGCCUCUGUUGACGUUUUCAAUUAUAGAAUCUCAUAUAUUCAAGUGUUUACGGAUAGAUUAUUUUAGAACACCAGUGAAGUAACUAUGAAUUUUCGACGAUCUGAUCUAUUGUAAAUUGCUCGAACGAAGGCCCGUUAGGUGAAACUAUACGUCAGGAGCUCUAUAUUUUGGGCCAAGGAAACACUUCUACAAGUUUAAUCAGCAUCCACGAACUGACUCUUUGUAUUCCAUUGCACGGUGAAGGAAAUAACUCUGUAUACCGGGGAUAUCAGACGGCGCCUUUUGGCCCAUAAAGUGCUUUAAUAAUUUAAGUAACUGUCGAAAUUAGUGCGAAGGUUUUUGCACAUAUUAUUAUACAAAUGUGUAUUAUAUAUAAAUAGGAACCCGCACAAGCAACGGGAAAAUGCAAAAUUCUAAAUUCAUGUAUAAAUUAACUUGUUAAAUUACUGAAUGAAAACGAAAUGUUGUACAGAAAUAUAAUAUUGUUUUAAAUAAAUUUAUAGAAGACGCAACGGGAAUCGUUAUAGGAAUAAACAACGUAAACUCUACCACCUUUUACUCUUACGGUGUUUGCGUACAUUUUGCAAUAAAAUAUAUAUUACCUAUCAGUUUUUAUUGGUUUAAAAGAACGAUGUUCAAAUGAUUGAAAUAAUGAUUAUAAUAAUGAUGCAGAGCAGAAUCGUGAAUGAAUGAACAACGAUUCAACUUUCCGGUUUUCAUUCGGUCACGUAUUUACUCUGUUCGUUUCGAGACGGGUAUAAUAAUAUUUAUUUGGCACAUAUAGAACAGUGAUAUUUAGAGAAAUAUUACAUGACUAGAGAGAUUUAUAUAAACAGAGGUGCCUAAACAUUUUCUUUAACAAUUUAUGUAACGGUUAAAUACAUAUAAAAACAAGGAAAGCGUGCAAUCGUUCGAAAACAAUUGUUGCCACUUUCCAAUUAUCAAUAUUACAUAUUCGUGUGAAUGUAAUUUAUACUUAAAUAUGUUUCCGAAGUACUAUAUUCCGAAAUUUGUGUAACUGCGCUCGGGAUCCCUAAAUCCAAGAGACACGAUCGUGUGACAGUAAAUAUGGCGUUCACCUUCAUGGCCGUCGUAUUUAAUUAUAAAAAUGAUUUUUUAUCCCGAACUUUACCCUACACUAACUGCAUAUCACAAAAUGAGAAUUGGAGAGUUCGCACGAUGUCUUAUGCGCCGUAUUAUUAUUAAAUUUACCUAAAACGAUCAGCUGAUUGACACUUCCGACGCCAUAUUUCCCUAACCGUGCCCAUAUUAAGGAUCCCAAUAAUUAUCAUAGGAACGGGAACAGUUUCCUCUUGAGACGUAGUACGGAAUCGGAUUAGUAACGGAGAACAGUCUACAAUCUUGUAAAACAUGUACCUUACUGUAGAUAUGAUUUUUUAGUACAUCGAAAAUAAUCUAGCGAAGAACCAAAACGGAAAUCACAAUGAUGUGUAACUAGUAAAAUGGAUAAAGUUUUUGCCGUCUCUUCUUUGAUCCACUGUAUUGCAUAAUCUAUGAAUUAUAAUACAUACUGCAAUUUGCGUAUUCAUUAUAAUUAUGAAUUCACUUCACAUAAGCAUGUUGUAA